AGAAACAGAACUUCCUUGUCUGAUAGAGAUCGAAUUUGAUUUUCCAAGCCUUUUAGUUUUCUUCCCUGAAACAACAUGUCUUGCUGUGGAGGAAACUGUGGUUGUGGUUCUGGCUGCAAGUGCGGCAGUGGCUGCAAUGGAUGCGGCAUGUACCCUGACUUGGGUUUCGCAGAGAAGGUCAGCACUGAGACCAUAAUCAUUGGGGCUGCACCAGUGAGGACACACUUUGAGAGCUCUGAGAUGGCCUUUGGUGCAGAGAACGGUUGCAAAUGUGGCGCAAACUGCACCUGCGACCCAUGCACCUGCAAAUGAAGAAAGACUCGGAGCGUCCACAAAGCAGAUAUGGAUCUUAUGAAUAAUUAGUUAUAAGGAUGUUAUAAGGAAGUGAGGAGAUCUUAAAAGUACUUUUGGACCUCUGGUUUGGUAUUUUAUGUCUAGUUUGCUGUAAAUAAGACGAUCAUGGCUUUGUUCAAGUCCUUAGCCUGGAUUUGUUGCUGUAUUCAUGACCGAAAUGGGUGUCUUGUUUAAAUUAUGUGUCGCUGCUUUGUGGACGUGAAAAGAGUUUGCUUUGUAUUUUCUGUGAGGGGAGCUUGAACUGUAACAGAGUAUAUGAUUAAUGAAUCUCCUUUCUGUGGUUGUGUUA